AGGCGGGAAACUUGAAGUUGUGGAUACAAAAAUGUUUUAUCAUCAGAGCAUUUUGAAUAGAAGAGGGGGAGUUUUUGGGACAGUCUGGUUGGCAGCUACAAUUAAAGAUGAACAUGUGCUGAAGAGAAGAGAUGUUACAAGAGUGAACCUGUGUAAAACAUGUGAAGACAUCGUGGAUUACAUCAUGGUGAGGAAGAUUCAAUGUACCGACACUGGGAAGUUUGCCAUGACUGUACAAAAACAAACACAGUACUUGCUAGGAAAUAUACCAAAACUGAUGAAAAUGACUGUUACCAACACUGAUGGGAAAUGUGUACAACUGUACAAAAAACAAACACAGUACUUACUAGAGGAUAUCACAUCUUUCAUGGUGAAAGUGAGACUAGCAGCAAAUAUAGCAGAAAAUAUUGAUCUUAAUAUUGCUUGCAGACCGGAUCAUGUAACAAUGCAAGACAUAGUAGAAUUGACAACAGAAAAACAACCCUUCUAUGACCCAUACUUCGGCAAAAUUGCAGACUUUCAUGAGGACUUUGAAGAUGUGCAGAAAUUACUGACAGAGUUAUCCUCUCCUGGUAGCGACUCCAGUAUGGAACGCCUGCGACGUCGCAGAGGUUCGGAAGCUUCAUCCUCAAUUCAAGUCGAGUCAGAACACAGCUUCCUAAAAUCAGCUUUAGGUUCUCCUCACACUGUGUCAAGCUUGGACCAGAUUACUCUGAAAGAGAUCGAUAUGCCUAUUCUUCCACAGAUAGCUGAGCAGACAGAGUUGCCUCCUCUUGAUGAGCAGAACAUACAAGCCCUGCUGAAUGAGUCAGCUAGAAUGGACACUCUCCAUCAUGUUGACACAUCACUUCAGCCUGAUGUUGCUAUUCCUGUGGGAGAGAGCUCUGUAAAGGCAUCAGAAGCAUUUAUCAGUCUCUCUCCUCAAAAGACAACCAAGGAUGCAAAAGAACUUGAAGAACAGAUUAUGUCACCCAAAGAAAAGACCCCCCGAGUACUGACAGAGGAACCCCUCCCAGAGGCCCCACCAGCUGUCCGUGAACUUCGACCUAGGUCACAGCCAGAGGUCACCCUAAUGCCCCCACCUGAGGAGGAACCUCAUAGGAGUACAAGAAAAAGGCGGAUGGACUUGUCACUAGAGUUAGCUCCCUUGCCUCCGAGUCCUAGGACGGUGAAAAGAAGGCGUCGUCACUUAAUUGUGGAUGAGAACAUAAUGGUUCCCAAGACAGAGAUGAAGAAAAAUCUCCAGACUGGCAGUGAGCUGUCUAAACCAUUUAGUGUCCCUGUCAUUGGACGAUCAGACUGUGCCACUCUUUUCAAUCAACCAGGGAGCAAGUGCCUUAGAUUGUCUCCCCUUAUUAAUUUGUGGAGACGUAAUCUCAGACCGGGGGUGCUGGAGACCGAGUCUGAUAUUGAAACACCUUUCUGGACAGUGCCUAGUAUUUCUAGAGGUGAAUCUACCCAUAGUAAAAGAUCUAGACGAGCUCUCCUGCCAGAACCAGAAGAGGAAAGACGAGCUGCGCAGCCUGAGAUUCCAGACAUACAGAUGUCAGAAAUGCAGCUCCCACUACCAGAAAUCCCCCUACAACUAGACAGAGCCUCUCCUGAAAAAGUCAGGGCAGAUAUCAGUAUGGGAAAUGAAAUGCCCUCUAUGGAAAUCCCCCGGGACGCCUCAAUAUCACUGGAGAGGAGUCUUCAGGACACCACCCCUAUCCAGCUCCACCUGUCUGCCAGGAGUAAAGACGACUCCCUGUCUGAUAGGUCCACGGCAAGUCGAAAAAAGAGGAGUCGAUCUCGGGGGUCUAUUGAGGAGGAGCUUCUGAUCCCUCCCUCAGAGCACUCAGUGUCAGACACAUUCUCGAGGAUCAGUCGAAAUCUCUCUGUAGUGCAGGAGGAGUCCGAGAUACCUAUGGUGGACACACCUUUACCUGUUAUUUCCAAGCUCUCACAAGUAGAAAGUAGAGUUCUCAGGUUAAUCAACUCAAACACAAGUGAGAAGGACUACACAACAUUUGAGGAAGUUUGCCCACCACACUUUUAUGACAGAAGACUGGCAGCCUCCAUGUUCAAUGCCUUGCUUCAUUUAUGUGCCAAAGGGAAUAUAUAUGUUGACCAGAGGGAGCCUUACGGAGAGAUGGUUAUCCAGAGAGGACACAAUUUCUAAAGAUCAGGCAGAAAGACCAGUCUGUGGGCAUCCAUUAUUUGUUAUUAUUUAAAUGAGAGAAGUUGUACAAAUGUUAAUGAAAGCAACUGAUAGGGUUUGUUGCAUGCUAUGUUUUCAAGCUAUCUAAUUACCCUUGUUUCUUGUUUAAGGCAUGACAUAUCAUGAGACAAAAUUAUGAAUGAAAUCAUGUACAAAUACUUGGUUUUUGUGUUAUCUGUGUUUUAAGAAAGGUAAUUAGGACAGUUGUUGAUUGUUAUUAAUGUUCUUUAUUCUUCAUGUUAUGAUGUGCUUGUCACAUUAUUCUGUUGCUUGUAUAUUAGCAAGGAGAAAAUAAUUUGUUUGCACAAUAUGUUCAAUCUCAUGGGGAUUUUUUUCUUUAACAUUGAUUUUAUAUAUCAAACAAAGUAAUUAUAAAUUAUUUUACACUGAAAAACAAAGAAUUGAUGUUAAAUACCACAUUUGUGCACAUUUUGUCACCUAAAAGAGCUUUUCCCACUUUUAAAAUGCAAUGAUUGUUACAGUUGUGAUAUACCUCCUUGAAAAUGCUGUUGAUAUGCUGUUUAUGUUAAGGAGUUGGCUCUGUAUAUUAGUUAAUAUUUAUUUUGUUUAAUAGUCUGUUAUUGAAUUAUGAAAUUUUAUCAUUUCUUGUACAGUGUACAAAUUUUAUUUUUUCAAGUUAGCUUUUAUACAUUAUGAACCAUGGCUGGUGAUUACAAAUGCAACAUAAUAGCAUUCAUUGGGAGAGAAAAAAUGAAGAUUCAAAACUGAUUUGGUAUGUUUUAAAUUAAAUUCUAUUAUAACAUUUUUUUUUUAUUCAACUAGCAAAUAUUAACUUUCUUAACAAGCAUUGUCAACAAAAGUGCACCAUAUAAAUUACAUAAAGUACCUCUUUGAAAUCCUAUGGACAAUCAAAACAAACAAAAACCAAAAAAAAAAUCAUCGUUGAUUAAGUUUCAAUGUAUUGACAUAUGUUUGCAAAGAUUGCUAUUUACCAAAAAAAAAAUUGAAUAGAUCAUGUACACACAUGUAGCUUUUUUGGAGAUUUCAAAGCUAUGUUAAGAUUGUAGAAAACUUUGCAAAAUAACUUACUAUCAAAACAAGAGCAACAUUAUUUCUUACAUUCUAGAGUCUUCUUUUCUUUAUCAGAAGCAAUAAAAUUAUGUUAUGCAGUCUUACUGUUCUGGAGUAUUGUAGUCUCCCUAUUGAGUCUGUUUUAUUGUACUUUGCAUUAUGGACCUCAUGUUAAAUUAUGAAGAACUUGUUUUCUAUACAAAACUUGUUUUGAUUUUACUGUUCAUGUUGAAUAAAAUAAAUUAAACUUUU